AUGAGACUUGGCCAGCCUUUGCAUUCAACCCGCUCAAUGAACACAACUCAUCAUGAAUCUAUUCACGCGUCAAGUACUCUAGACCUCCAACGUUCAUGGGAACUUGAUCGAGACGUAGCAGAUUGUCGACAGUGCCAUCGCCCAUUUCAUUUCUUACUACGACGGCACCAUUGUCGCUCUUGUGGUCAUGUAGUGUGCGAUCGAUGUAGUAGCCGUAGAAUACGAUUGAGUCCUCAGACAAUGAUUGAAGACCCUACGAUACCUACUUUACAUUACGCAUCUAUUGCACAACAACCCCAGAGAGUAUGUGAUUCCUGCGCAGAAAGUCUUGACCGCCAGAGGAGGACAAGACGAAUGGAGCGCAGUAUCAGCCGACAGAGCAGAAUGGCAGAGUGCCCAAUGUGUGGAGUCGGUCUCUUGCACCAUUCUUUGGCAGAACAAGAACACCAUGUUGCCGAGUGUCUAGAUAAAGGUAGUCCGCCUGUACGCAGACCUCGUUAUCUCGUUCAUCAAUUGUCUAAUGACUCUCCACAGCUUGGUGAAGAAUGUCCAAUAUGCUUUGAAGACUUUGUUGCAGGAGAUGCUGUUGCUCGUAUGGUCUGUCUCUGCUCUUAUCAUGCUCAUUGUCUAUCAGAAUGGCUUGAAAGAGGAAAAGGUUGUCCUUUACAUGAUCAUGAUUCUCUGGCAUCAUUUUAA